CCGCCUCACCCGAGCUCACGUGGGACUGCUCGCGCACGCGCGGACGGGAGCCGAAGGGAACUCCGGGAGCAGAACGUUCCAGUCCCUGUUGCAUCUGUGCACGCUCCACCUCCACCUCCAAUUACGGCAUCACCUGACGUCAGUACCAAUAAAGCUCGUGAUUGGAGGAAGCCUGUUUGACAAGUUCUCCUUGUGCACAUAGGUGGGGUACUGCCUGCAAAUGAAUUCGCUAGAUUGAAAGGGCCAAGUGAGGAGACCCCCGGCAUAGCAAAUCCAAGGCAGCUGUGUGUAUGCCAGGUAUCCGUCUUUGGCAACCCCUGCUUGUCCUCAUACAUGAACCUGAGUCUCCCCCGCCCCCCAUGUCACUUGUGUUCAUCUUCUGUGCCAUCAGUUUUCUGCCAGACUUUCAGCGACUGUGACGAGGCUGUUCAGGAGUUUUUUCACAUGGCUUCCAAAGAAGUGACCAUCACAGUUCGCCUUAUUCGAUCCUUUGAGCAUCGGAACUUCAAACCUGUGGUAUAUCAUGGAGUUAAUUUCGACCAGACUGUAAAGGAAUUUAUAGUAUUUCUGAAGCAAGAUAUUCCUUUAAGGAUCAGCCUGCCACCACCAUUCAGAAAUUACAAAUAUGAUAAAUUGAAGAUUAUUCAUCAAGCACAUAAAUCGAAGACAAAUGAACUUGUGCUGAGUUUGGAAGAUGAUGACACACUCAUGUUGAAAGAAGACCACACUCUGAAAGCAGCUGGAAUCGACGGCAGUUGCAGCGCCUCACUGCACCGCGGCCGACGGGGACGCGGCUCAGGCUGGAAACUGCCAUGAACUCUCAUCAGUAGCCAGUUCAUUGAGAUGUUAUUUGGGUUUGAGCCAAUGAAACUGAAAUUGCAUUCUUCUGUGAAGAAGAUUAUAAGAACUACAAAGCUAAUCCCAUUUCAUCCUGGUGAAAACCUCACGGGGCUUCCUUUUUCAUGCCUAUAUUAAGCUCUUUAUUCCACUAGUGAGUUUUUAAAUUGACAAAUAAACUUUAAAAAUUAAUCAUG